AGAUACGUUGACAUUGCGUUUAUAUAAGAUUAUCGCCUUCCAGCAACGACACAUAGUGCGCUUCGGUCGUCAUUUGUUUACAGUUCAAAAUCGAAUCAACACUCGUGUUUAUUACCCAAAUCCACUGUGAACGACCGUUUGCUCGUGGCCUAGCGUUGACCGAAGGGGCGAAAUAUGAGUUAUGCAACUAGGAAUAAAUUCGAGUUAACGAAGGCAUUUGCGGAUGACGAGGCACAAAUAAACAGGAAAUUGCCCAAAGAACUCCUGCUGCGCAUCUUUAGCAAUUUAGACGUCGUUUCGCUUUGCCGAUGCGCACAGGUAUCGAAAGCAUGGAAUAUUCUCGCACUAGACGGUUCGAAUUGGCAACGAAUAGAUUUAUUUGACUUUCAAAAGGAUGUCGAGGGACCGAUAAUAGAAAACAUAUCUCGCCGUUGUGGUGGAUUCCUGCGGCAACUGUCUUUGCGCGGAUGUCGUUCGAUUGGAGACAGCUCUAUUAAGACUUUGGCGCAUCAAUGCCCCAACAUCGAGGAUCUCAAUUUAAACGACUGCAAAAAACUUACAGACUUGACAUGUCAGUAUCUCGCCAAACACUGUUUGAAACUUCAGAAGCUCAACCUGGACAGUUGUGCGACGAUUACAGACCAAUCGCUUAAGAGUAUUAGUGAUGGAUGUCCUAAUAUAACACACAUUAACGUUAGCUGGUGCGGUAACAUUACUGACAAUGGCGUGGACGCGAUAUCUCACGGCUGUCCGCGACUACAGAGUUUUACCAGUAAGGGUUGUCGACAGGUAACAUCGCGCGCAAUAGUUUCUCUUGCAAUGCGCUGCCAGCAAUUAGAAAUGGUAAACAUUAAGGCUUGUGGUAACGUGCGUGAUGACGCUGUUGUGUUGCUCGCUGAAAAAUGCAGCAAGUUACACUACUUAUGUCUAUCGGAGUGCGCGCAAUUAACGGACGUAUCGUUAAAUGCACUUGCGCAAUUCUGUCCGUAUCUAUCGACUCUGGAGGUUGCAAAUUGCUCGCAGUUCACUGAUGUUGGUUUUCAUGUGCUAGCUAAAAACUGCAGGUAUCUCGAAAAGAUGGAUUUAGACGAGUGUGUUUUAAUUACUGAUCACACCCUCAUUAAUUUGGCCAUGGGAUGUCCACGAAUUGAAUACUUGACACUUUCACAUUGUGAAUUGAUUACGGAUGAAGGUAUACGACAUUUGUCAACAUCACCAUGUGCCGCUGAGAAUCUAACAGUGUUGGAGCUUGACAACUGCCCCCUUAUAACCGACGCAUCGUUAGAGCAUCUUACCUCCUGCCAUAAUUUGCAACGUGUAGAACUGUAUGACUGCCAGCAAAUUUCUCGGGUCGGAAUUAAACGACUACGGAAUCAUUUGCCGAACAUAAAAGUGCAUGCGUAUUUUGCACCAGUGACACCUCCCCAGACUGCAGGCGGUACGCGUCAGAAGUACUGCCGGUGUUGCGUGAUCAUAUGAAAGGAUGGCUCUUAAAACCCGUCACGGCUGUGUACUCACUGUUUUAGUGAGAUUUAUCAAAGAAAGGAUAACUACUUGCAUCGCAACACAAAUGAAAGUAUAAAAAAGUUGGACAAGAAUGGCAAAAACGUGUAAAUUCAAUAUUACUCAAGUAAACAUUUAAUAUAAAAACGACUACAAAUGUGUUCAGCACGCAUCAUACUGUUACAUAUUGUAAGAUUGUCACCGUAAUUUACACAAAAAUUACAAUUAAAAGUUACUUAUCCCAAGUGAGAAUGAGAGCCAAAACGAACUGGUAUGCACUAUUAAAUUACCAGACUGAAUGCCGCUCCGAAAUACAAGCGAAUGUUGCAAUCCUACGACGUAUGUUACAUGUAUGAUACUUCAAAAGUGUCUAAAUUUAUAACGGUUCGGCUAGGAGAUUUUCUUUAUUUUUGUUUAAAUUGCAAACGUUUAUUUAUGAUUUUUUUUCUUAUACAAUUUAAUAAAAGCAAUGCAAUCAAACCACCGUUUGUAGUUGUUUUUCAGCAUUAAAUUCACUCAUGAUUUAUGCAAAAUUUAUAAACUUGACAUUCUAUAUUUAUACAAUAAUCAAGAUUUUUGAUUUAAAAAUAUAUGUCCAUAUUUUUCAUAUUUCUUCUCGCACAGAAUGGCAAAAAAGUAUUUAUUUUAAGAUUUGUUUAAAACAAUUAAUAAAAAGUCUUUAUAUGUGGUAGAUGAUGGAUAACUGUGCAUUUUAUUUAAAAAAUACAAUGUUUAAAACAUUAUAAGUUUUAAUAUGACUAAACUCGAAAUGUAUAUAAAAAUUGAUCAUUUUUGAAACGAAUAAAGUAUUCAAAUGUGUAAUUUGCAUGAAAA